CGUGUUUGAGUCCUGACGGUUUUUACCUGAAGCUAACAGCGGUGCAUUUAUUUGUGGAUUUUUGUGGAUUACUGCAAAGAAAAGACACACUGUUAAUUCUUUAUAACGGACAGCAGGCUGGUGUUCAACACAGAGAUGAACACUAUGGCUGCUGCUCUCGUCACCGUCCUUCUCUUCCUCCACACGUUCACUGCGUCGACUUUCCAGCCGACCUCUGACCUGGUUUUGCUCGAGAGACACCCACACCUCACGGGCUGCGUCUCCGCCGACAUGGAGACAUUUCGUUGCAGAUGGAAUGUCGGCACAUUCCUGAACCUCUCCGAGCUGGGAGAGCUCCGCUUUUUCUACAUUAGGAAAGAAACCACCCAGGACUCUCCCAAAGAGUGGACUGAGUGUCCUCACUACAGCACCGAGAGGCAAAAUGAGUGUUUCUUCAACAAAAACCACACAUCUGUGUGGACAAACUACGGCGUCCAGCUCCGCUCACGGGAUCAGUCCAUAGUCUAUGAUGAGGACUUUUUUGUCUUUAUUGACAUCGUACAACCAGAUCCCCCAGUCGAUCUUAACUGGACACUGCUGAAUGUGAGUAUGACUGGCAACUUCCUUGACAUAAUGCUACGUUGGCGGCCGCCUCAGUCUGCAGAUGUUGAAACAGGAUGGAUGACGCUCCAGUAUGAGGUCCAACACCGUGCAGCCAACUCAGACCUAUGGAAAGUGGUCAGCGUUGAGAAAGGCACGCAGUGUUCUCUCUAUGGGCUACAAACGAACAUAGACCAUGAGGUCCGUGUCCGGUGCAAGAGACUUGGUUCGAAAGACUUUGGAGAAUUCAGCGAGUCAAUAUUUAUACACGUUCCCUUAAAAGAUUCUAGAUUUCCUGUUGUAGGUCUGCUCAUCUUUGGCGCCUUGUGUUUAGUGGCCAUCCUGAUGUUAGUUAUCAUAUCCCACCAGGAAAAAUUGAUGGUGAUCCUUUUACCUCCUGUCCCUGGACCUAAAAUCAAAGGAAUUGACCCCGAGCUGCUCAAGAAAGGCAAAUUGAAGGAGUUAACCUCCAUUUUAGGUGGUCAUCCUGAUCUGAGACCAGAGUUGUACAACAACGAUCCCUGGGUGGAAUUCAUUGACUUAGACAUCGAAGAGCACAACGACAGACUGACCGACUUGGAUAUGGACUGUCUCAUGGACCCCUCCCUGUCCACCCACUGUUCCCCGCUCUCCAUGGGCUUCAGAGACGACGACUCGGGCCAUGCCAGCUGCUGUGACCCGGACCUUCCCAUUGACCCCGAAAUGGCACCAUUCCAUUCACUCCUCUCGAACCCGACCAUCAGCACGGAGGUGUCAUGCCCAUCGGCCUCCCCGGACCUCCAGAGCCUCCCGGCUGGUGCGCCUUCCUUUACAUCCCCGACGAGGGAAGCGCUGUACACCCAAGUGAGUGAAGUGAAAUCAUCUGGAGAGGUGCUGCUGGAACAUGAGGACCAGAAUGCAGAGAACAAAGACUCAGAGAUGGACAAUGGGGAAAAAGAAAAGGAAAAGAAAGAGCUGAAGCUUAUGAUGGUGAAUGUAGAUCAUGGAGGUUACACUUCAGGAGUCAGUACUGCGAGUCCACAGGUGAUCGUUACUGAAUCUUGCCAGAGUAAAGAAGACUUCAGUUUAGAACUGCCUCCAUCAUCUGCAGAUGACUGGAGUCCUCAGCGUGAAUCAGAUGUGAUCCCAUCUCACCCUGCUCCGGUCUACACUGUGGUAGAUGGCGUCAACAUAAGAAACAGCCUUCUGCUGACUCCGGACUCAGUGCCCACCCCACAGAUAAUAAUGCCAAAGGCCAUGCCAACACCAGAAGGCUACCUGACCCCUGACCUUUUGGGAAGCAUCACACCAUAGAUCCACGGUGUAUUGUACCUCUUUAAAACUCUUCAGAUAAACAAAGAGAUAAGUUUGGGAACUGUUGAGAACCCCAAGAUUUAGUGCUGAAUGUCAGCCUUUAUGAAAUACUGGUGGACCUUCUGCCCGUGUUGGCACCACCACCACAGUGUUCGACAGCUGCUUCAGCAAACUUGUGUGGUUUGAGGAUUGGUAUAAGAGAAGAAAAGCACACGCUCAUGUCUUUUAGAAGCUGGGAGCUGGACAUAACGUCAAUAAUUCAGUGGAAUUGAUAUUUAACAAUCAAGUCUGAUAUGCCAUAUCUCCUUUCAUUAAGUGCCAACACAUCUUCCAUAUCUGGAUCCCUAUCUGCACCCCCCCCCCACCACCACCCCCAUAUAGACCCCUGAGCACCUUUUUAAAUAUUAUAAAUUCAUUGCACUGCCUAUUCUUACACUGCGUUUUACAUUAUUUUACAUAUCAGAAGCUUUCGGAUUGAUAAAAUCUGGGUAUAACUGUUAUUCUACACAAGAUUCACAAUCAAGAUUCAAGAACUUUGUUCUAAUUAUGCACAGUUGGUGCAUAGACAUGGUCUAAGGUGUUGUGCGUUUCACAUGUUGGUAUAGCCUGGGAAGUUCAGGCUUGAGAUUUGUCUCAUUAAAAUCCCCAGCGAUGACAAAAGCACCAUCAUAGUGUAUGAACUGUUGUUUGCUGAUGGAAUCAUACAUGUGACCAAGUGCUAGCUAUGCAUUUGCCUGUGGUGGUAUGUAUACUGCAGUAAUAAUAACAGUCAGUCCCCUGUGUAAGUGAAAUGGUUGGCAGUCCACCUCCUGCCUUCUGACACGAGUCAGGUGUUCUGUCAGCACAAUGGAACAAGCUGCCUGUUACUUCAUCUGCAGCAUCCAGCAUGGCCUGUUGUUAUUCAGCGAUAUCGUCAUAACAAUCCAGUCUAACGACAUGAUUCAGCAGCACAAAAUAUAUAUUAAUCUAUUGGUUCGUCAUAUUGUCACGAAAACUGCAAAGGUUUUCGGAAUGGCAGCACAAAUUUAUUCUAAUUCAUUCCGUGACGGGUGCACAUAAUUCAGGUAGCCUGGAGUGGCUCAAAAGAGCCAGGUACCGCGGGUCUCCUCCCCUACUGUGAUUAGUUGAGAGCUCUGAGCUCUGAUUGGUGCAUAACUUAUGACGUGUCUAAGGACAUCGCUUCUGAAGGCAUCAACCUUUUUCUGGAUUGUUUCUAGUCUCUCUGAGCACAAACGGCACAUCCACCCUUCAUUGAUGUAUAAUCUGACAUAUCUCUGUAGCAAAUAGGCUAAAUUUGCACAACAACUUUCCUAGCGUCCUUUGCAUGUUUUUGACAUACAAAACAAAUCCCUUUUGUAAAUUAUGGCUUUACAGGAGUCAAAUCAUCAACAGCACCAUCCUCCAACAAGGAGGCCGCCAUGUUUUUCUGUUUUGGUCACGUUGUCUCACGUUCGUGGCGUUGCAAGGUAUGACCAGUGGGAAUUCCCACCAUAUUGGGUUACAAAAUGGCCACUGAACACAGGCGUAAUGUGCAUCGCCUACGCCGGAAGCAGGCUAAGGUUAGGGUUGGAGUAGGAGUAGGGUUAGUAAUAGUGAGUUUAAAAAACCCUGCCACGAAAAUUUUAAUCAUUUCGUGAUGGGAGGACGAAGAAAAAUGUGAGACUGGGCUGCUUCAUAAAUAUCAGAAUGCAGCGGCCCUUUGUCGUUCUCUUUGUAGCGAUGCUUCGUCUGAGUUUGUCCAUUGUGUUAUUGUCACCGACAUGAUGAUGAAUGAAUCGUAUACUAUCAAAACAUUAUACCCUUGAGCUGUUUAUUCCGCUCCUUUUCAGCUUGCAUGUGAAGUUUGUACAAUAAAAUGUUACAGUACCACUAAAAAAAACCAUGUUACUUAUUGUAUAUGUGUCUGCCAGCAUGUGCAGUCCUGAAAUAUUAAGAUCAAGCAGGAGCAGAAGGUUCCCAGUUCGAGGCUUGGGUUGGUUAGGUUAGACCGUACUUGUGUGACGCGCCUUGAGGCAGCUUUGUUGUGAUUUGGCUCUAUAUAAACGAAGUAAAUUGAAAUAAAUUAAGGACCAACCCCCCCCCCCCCCCUUUUCCCGUUCCCCAUGUAAUGUGGAGUUGUGUUAGAACGGACAUCCCGCAUAAAAUGUGGAAAUCAACAUGUAGAUCCAUAAUGGAUCUGCUAUGGCGACCUCCAUUGAAAAAGGAAGAAGCUAAAAAAAAUAUGAGGGAGGCUUAGUUGGAGAGUAACAUAUUUUAAAGACUAAUUGCUUCUAAAAUAAAUUGCGUUUACAUUUAUGUUCGCAACUGUGAAAGUUCUCGAAUGUGGCUUGUUUGGCUCAUAGGUAUAAAGAUUUGAAUGUUGAAUUGUGUAUUUAAUGGAAAUUUAAUGUUGUGUGGGAUCGUAAUUAUCGGUUGAAUUUGUACAGUUAUUGCUUCAGUCGAAAAUACAAAUAAAUGCCUUUUAGAAUUUCA